AAGGAUUAAUUGUUUCUUGCAUUCCGUCAGGUGAGUGGGUUCUUUCAGUGUUAUUUGGCUGCCAUCUUUGAAUCCUCCUUUCCUGAAUAGCUCUGAAAAUGGUUACAUAUCCUUUAAAUUUUCUGCUUAUUAGAACUUUAAGAUGCCAGAGAUGCUUGGCUCCUCUUUAGGAUGAAGGCAAAAUUAGAUAGAUCUUGCAUGUUCAAAUUUCAGAAAUCUCCUAUACAAUUUUUGUUCUUUUCCUUUUUAUGCGUGUAAAUUGUCUUUCUUAAGGGACAAAAAAGAGUAGAUGUUGCUUAUAUUCGAUGUCAAAAUGUCGAACCAUGCAUAUUUGCACGUGACAACUUGCAAAUUCAAUUGUCUUGAGGUGGUUAAUAUGAAUCAGAUGAUUAGAUAUUAGCACAAGUGCGUAAGGUUGGCUGUCUGCUUUAAUUGGUUGUUGCCUUUGUAUUCCAACUGCCCCAACCAGAUAAAGGACUAAAUAUAAAUAGGUUGUUAGGCGUUUCGGGAAAGCAUAUGAAUGCUACUCAAAGACCAAGGUAACAUCAGUAAGUAAGUGAACAAUAAAUGAGGUAGAUGAGAUAGUUGGCAGCUCAGCCAAGCUUUCAAUGAUCGAAUAAUUCUUCCUACCAACAAUAGCAGCCACAACAGUCCAAGCCUCUUAUCCUUUCCCCAAUAAAGCUCGUUUCCAUUCCCUUUCCUCUCACAAUGAGAUGGAAAGCAAUCACCAUAAGAAUAAACAGAAUACAGUGAUGAAGGCAGAAGAGGAACAAGGUUUAACAAUGGAGGAGAAGGAAAAGCCAGAAAACGAGGGGAAGGCAAAGAAGCAAUGGAAGCUAGUGAGCUACGAUGAGCUUCCAGGUUAUAUGAAGGAGAACGAGUUCAUAAAAAACUACUACAGAGCGGAGUGGCCUCUAAAGAAUGCUCUGUUCAGUUUCUUCUCGUGGCACAAUGAAACCCUCAACAUCUGGACGCAUGUGUUGGGAUUCAUUGUGUUCUUGGGAUUAACUUUGCUCCAUGUCAGUCAUCAUGUGCCAGAGGUGGCGCAGUUUGUUGGCCAUAUCACUUGGACAAUCCCAGUAAGUACAGUCGAGAAUGUCUCCAGCAAUCUUGGCAAUUUCUUUGGAGAAGCAGCUUCGUACAUCAAGCCGCCAGUUAUCGUUUCCGCUUCCGAGAAAUCGGCGCCGGUGGCCGUCCGGUGGCCCUUUUUCGUCUUCCUCGGCGGCGCCAUGUUCUGCCUUCUCUCAAGCAGCGCGUGCCACCUGUUCUGCUGCCACUCGCGCCGCCUCAACCUCUUCCUCCUCCGCGUGGACUACGCCGGAAUCGCCAUCAUGAUCGUCACCUCCUUCUUUCCCCCAAUCUACUACAUCUUCCAGUGUGAUCCUCACUGGCAGCUCAUCUACCUCGUUUCCAUCUCCGCCAUGGGCUUCGUCACCGUCUUCACCCUCCUCUCCCCGCAGUUCUCCGCCGGGGAAUUCCGCGCCUACCGCGCCACGCUCUUCGCCGGGAUGGGCCUCUCCGGGAUCAUACCCGCCCUGCACGCGGCCGUCGUCAACUGGGGCGAACCGCGGCGCAACGUGACGCUGGCCUACGAGGCGACCAUGGCGACGGCGUACCUGACGGGCACCGCCUUCUACGUGGCGAGGGUGCCGGAACGGUGGAAGCCCGGGAGGUUCGAUCUCGCCGGCCACAGCCACCAGAUAUUCCACGUGUUCGUCAUCGCCGGCGCGCUGGCGCACUAUGGCGCCGCAGUAAUUUUCCUACGAUGGCGCGACGAGGUAGGCUGCGCGGCGGCCUUGUGACCAGUUGAAACUUCGCAGUUUGACGUGUUAGAUUUCGUUUCUAUUCAUGGUGCAAGUGUGAAUUCGAUAACGUUUGGAUAUUGAAACAUUGUAUACAGAUCUGUUCAAAACAAUAUCAUUGAAACAUUGUAGCCAAUUCCUAUUCGAAGUUGAAUCAAGUUAUCAAAAUUAGUAA